UUUUAUUUUGACAGCGUGCUGUCACAACAUUACUGUCAGUUGCACAAAGUGGAAGAGGACCCAAACAAAAAUUAAUAUUCAAUCCCCACCACGAAGUUCAGCUUUCACCAUGGCCACAUCAAUGUUCGCGCGGGUGACUUUCUAUCCAACUUUAUUAUACAAUGUGGUCAUGGAAAAGGUGACCAGCAGGCGCUGGUACGACAGGAUGGAUGAUACUGUCAUUCUAGGAGCCCUUCCUUUCCAAAGUAUGACAAAACAGUUGAAGGAAGAAGAAAAUAUGAAAGGAGUAGUUUCAAUGAAUGAAACAUAUGAACUGAAGAUAUUCUCCAAUGAUGCUGAGAAAUGGCGUGAACAAGGCGUGGAAUUCCUCCAGCUGGCUACGACAGACAUAUUCGAAGCGCCCGACCAGGACAAACUGUUUGAGGGAGUCACGUUUAUUAACAGGUUUCUCCCGGCGGACUGCAAGCUGUCAGGCGUGCCGACGGAGUGUGAGCAAGUGAACAGUGGCUCCGUGUACGUACAUUGCAAGGCGGGGCGCACGCGCAGCGCAACGCUCGUAGGUUGCUACCUUAUGAUGAAAAACGGCUGGUCGCCACAGGAAGCAGUAAACUACAUGCGCACACGAAGACCUCACAUCCUACUGCACACCAAGCAAUGGGAGGCUCUCGACAUCUUCCACAGAAGGCACGUCACCAGGACCUGAUCAAACUGCCUCAAUUGCCUUUAAAUACCUAGCAUAAUUAGCCAGCCACGGAGCUAAAACGAACCGUAUUUAUAUUGAAAUAAAGAACACUGUUUAUCUGUUUUUAUGCGCAAGUGUAACUAAGAAGAUAAUAAGGGUUUUGUCGUUGUCAAUACGGUUGCUUUUUACGAACACAGCAAAUAUGUUAAAGUACUUACAGUAUAAAUACACUUACGCAAAUUAUAUCCGUUACAUAAUUCU